ACUGCUCCGCCUACGCGGCCCCUGGGCAUAAAAAGCCGGACCAGAGAGACGGCGCAGCCGCCGGACCCCGGACCCAGCGCGCCCGCACCAUGGCCGGACCCAGCCUCGCCUGCUGCCUGCUCGGCCUCCUGGCUCUGACCUCCGCCUGCUACAUCCAGAACUGUCCCCUGGGCGGCAAGCGGGCCGUGCUGGACCUCGACGUACGCAAGUGUCUCCCCUGCGGCCCCGGGGGCAAAGGCCGCUGCUUCGGGCCGAGCAUCUGCUGCGGGGACGAGCUGGGCUGCUUCAUGGGCACGGCCGAGGCGCUGCGCUGCCAGGAGGAGAACUACCUGCCGUCGCCCUGCCAGUCGGGCCAGAAGCCGUGCGGGAGCGGGGGCCGCUGCGCCGCCGCCGGCAUCUGCUGCAGCCCGGAUGGCUGCCGCGGCGACCCCGCCUGCGACCCCGAGGCCGCCUUCUCCCAGCUCUGAGACCCGCCGGCCCCCGACACCGUCGGAGCGCAGCCCUCGCUCCCUCCGUAGCCACCCCCAGGAAUUAUGACUAUUAAAUAAAGCAGAUUUUUUCCCC